GGUCCUUGUACUGGCUGCCACACUAGUUCAUAUUCCUUGUCCAUCUCGCCACAGAUUCUAGCUAGAAUCACAAGCUAGAGACAUGUCUGGCGUGUGGGUGUUCAAGGACGGACUCGUCCGCCGCGUGGAGAACCCCGGCCGGGACGAGGAGUCGUCGUACUGCGGCGGCGGCGGGGGACGGCGCCGCAAGGUGCUGGUGCACGUCCCCAGCGGCGAGGCCGUGACGUCGUACGAGGUGCUCGAGCGGCGUCUGCGGGAGCUGGGGUGGGAGCGGUACGUGGAGGACCCGUGCCUGUUGCUGUUCCACCAGCGCUCCACCGUGCACCUAAUCUCCGUGCCCCGGGACUUCGCCAGGUUCAGGCUCGUCCACAUGUACGACAUCGUCGUCAAGACCCGCAAUGUCUUCGAGGUGCGCGACGCCUCGCCAGGCCGAUCAGCAUAAAUGGCUAAAUAGAUCGAUCUCGAUCUCGAUCUCGAUCUCGAUCUGGCGCGCAUGUACCUCGUACGUCUUGGAGUACAGGUAAUGCAAACACGGUAUAUAUAUGUGCUUUGAGCCCUUUGCAUAUAUCAUAUAUAGGGGAAGAAAAAUUUAUAUAUAUUGAAAGAAGAAAAUGGGAGACAUCUAGAUGGUACCGCUGAUGUGCUGGCUCUUCUUUAUUUUAGACACAUGACCCAAGUGCGCUGCUUGUAGAUACAACAUACGUCAUGACCACUCCUUCUGUGAAGCAACAAUUUUUUUUUGUGAGAACUGACGAAGGUUUCAGUGAAAGAGAGGACCUCGCAGCGAAUCUAGGCCGGCCCUUCAAGAGCCUGAUCACAUACUACCUCAAUCAACAAGGAUCGGCGGAAACUCAACUCGAUAAUGACGAUGGAAGCGCCAUCCUUCUCUGCUCGUAGGAGGAAUGUUCUCGACGAAAACAAGCAAAACCAGUCUGACCAAUGCAAGGGUGUCGCCCCUAGGUAUAAAGCAGGCAUGCCACCCGUCGACUCCAACUUGGACUCGGCCAACAUGGCUGGGUCGGACUCACAACUGACCCGACCUAACUCAAACUAAACAUACCUUACUCUCGUACAAGGAAAUACUAAAAUAAUCCGGCGUCCAAUGCAAAUAGUACUACUUGCUAAUCUAUUCGACCUCUACAGAUUAUGAGCGAUCCGUGAUGUCCAACUUCAUAGAACCAACCUUAAUAAAUUGUCUCGGCUUCCUUCCUUGGUUC